AGCGGCCAAGCGGUUGGUGCGGGACAUUAGCACACUCUCUACCCAGCGGACACUCUUCUUUCAUUCUACUAUUGGAUUGCCGAUUGCAUUCUUGCACACACUCAUACAUAUAACCCGGCCUUUUAAUACAUUGUUGUUCUGUUUGUGGACCUAUUGCGCUUUGAGUGCAGAAGAUGCCGGCUGAUGUGAUGGAGAAGAACUCUUCAUCCCCAGUGGCUGCCACCCCGGCCAGUGUGAGCAAUACCCCGGAUAAACCCAAAACUGCCUCCGAGCACAGAAAGUCCUCCAAGCCCAUCAUGGAGAAGAGAAGGAGAGCCAGGAUCAACGAGAGCCUCGGGCAGCUCAAAACCCUCAUCCUGGAUGCGCUCAAGAAAGAUAGCUCCCGGCACUCCAAGCUGGAGAAGGCAGAUAUAUUGGAGAUGACAGUGAAACACCUGAGGAACCUGCAGCGGGUGCAGAUGAGCGCUGCACUGAGUACAGACCCUUCAGUACUGGGCAAGUACAGAGCUGGAUUCAGCGAGUGCAUGAAUGAAGUAACCCGAUUCCUGUCUACCUGUGAAGGGGUCAACACAGAUGUCCGGACCCGACUCCUGGGGCAUCUUGCCAACUGCAUGAACCAGAUCAAUGGCAUGAACUACCCUACCCAGCCCCAGAUGCCUUCUGCAGCCGCACCCCACCCUGCCUACGGACAGCCCAUGGUCCAGCUCCCAGGAGCAGCUCCACAGAGCAGCCCAGCUCCCAUUGCGUGCAAGAUGGGUGGUCCACCAGUCGAAGCUGCCAAAGUGUAUGGAGGCUUCCAGCUUGUGCCAGCCCCAGAUGGACAGUUUGCCUUCCUGAUCACAAACCCAGCUUUCCCUCACAACGGAUCUGUCAUUCCUGUCUACACCAACUCCAAUGUGGGCACCGCAUUGCCACCUUCAGUGUCUCCUUCAGUAAUGCCAUCAGUCACAAUUGAUUCUGUUUGGAGGCCCUGGUAAAGGGAAAUGACUGUGGGACUUGUGUUAGCUGGAACUUAGUUACAAAUAGUAACCCCCUCAUGCGGUAGUGAGAAUUCUGAUGCACUAUAUCUGUAUAUAUAGGAAAUGUUCAUAUUGAAUUGUAUCCUUGUAUUAUAAGAUUAAUCAGAUUUCGUUUUGUACACAAAAUAAUACUAUUAUUUUGAUGCCAAAGACAUGGAAUGCUCUUAAGUUGUUCUUCCUAUUUUGUGGAAGUUUUACUUGUAUGUAAUAAAAAUGCACAUUGUAUUUUCUCUUA